AUGCGUAUCCGAAAGCUCAAAGGUAAAGCCAUAGUAACGGAUCCGGAGCCGGAGUUUUUCCCUCCACACCGUUCUAUCGGGGGCCCAAUAAUCAGAGAACCAAGUGACACAAACCGAGCUAAUCCACCUGUUCAAGCUGAUUCACACCCCUCACAUCAGAACCCGACCAUAACCCCGGGGAUCAACACUUUGGAGGCUGCACUGGACACCGAAAUGGAACCUAUUCCUGAGGAAGGAGAGUUUACAGAAGAACAGCUCGAUGACAUGUUUGCAGAGCUAACCAAUACCGUUAUGGACGAAGAACUGGAUGACGAUGUGAUGAACAUGCUGGAGAAUGAUGACCUCCUGGAUGAGGAGAUGGAUCCGGAUGCUGAGUAG